AUGAAAUAAUUGGUUCAAAAUAUGGUAAAGACUUAUAAACAAAUGAAUAAGUCAGAUGACAAAGUGAAUAUUAAAAAAUUUUCAAGUCUUUAAUAUCCUCAAUGUCCUUUAGGAGGCGAUCAUAGUGGAGAAUCAAUGAGUUUAAUAUGUUUGGAGAAGGAUUGCUUAUAAAACCAAAUUUUGUGCUGUUGUAUAUGUUAAGAAGAAUUUCAUAAAGGACAUUAAUUGAAACCAUUAAAACUGUUGUUGUGUGAAUAUGAUUAAUAAUUAAGGUAUAUUCUUUUUCAACAUCUAGAGAGUAUUAAAAUAUUUCACUAAAAUAAAAUGAAAAGGAUUUGCUCAUUAAGAAGAUUAAUGAAUAAGAAGAAAAAUCGCUGAUUUACAUUUAGGACUUGAAAGCACAAAUUAACAAUAAACUAUCAAAGAUAUUGACUUUAGAACAGGACUUUUUUGAAAAUUUAAGGAAGUUUGUGAGGAUGAGAGAAUUUAGCAAUGGAAGUUAAUGUAAAUAUAAAAAUGAAUGAGAUAGUUGCAGUUAUUGAAACAAUUAUAUAAAAUUAAACUAAUGUAGAAAUGCUAAGUAAUUCGGUUAAGAAUUUGCUUGACACAUUAGUAUAAGAAAUCCCAGAAAAAGAUUUAAAUUAUGAGGAAAUCAGUAGGAUUUUCGAUUUUCACAUAAAAGAUCAAAAAGAUCAUUUGCAUUAAUUAGAAACGCAACUUAUUUAGGGUAUUGAAUAACAAAUUGAAUUGUUAUAAUCAAAAACAUAGAAAACAAUAUUCUAAAAGGCAUGCCAAUUUCAAUUUUUACCAAACAAUAAACAUCCAUAAGUUGAUAUUUUAUAACCAAAGAUCGUAAAAGGUAUGUCUAUAAACCUAUUUAAAGCAAGCAAUUCAACUCAUGGAUACAAGUUUGCUGUUAUGACUCCAGCUUUAGACAAAAAUUAGACUACUGUAUUUGGUUUCAAAUUAAAUGUAAAUUGAUUUUAUACGCUUUCUAGUGUGUUCAUUAAAGUAAUUGGAUUGCAGUAGGGGUCUGCGAUUUAUCUAUAGUGUAAAGUAAAUAAUUUGGAUUUGCAUUUCAAUCCCUUGGACAUGGAGGUUAUAUGGUGUCAUCAAAUGGGGGUGCUUGGUCAAGUACUACUUCGAAUCAAAAUAAUGUUGUUAAAUGCUUCAAAUUUGGAAAGGGUGAUAUUAUUGUUUGCACUUAUGAUCCAAUUAACUAAUCUAUUAUAUUCCAUAAACAAAAGGUUAAAUGUUAAUAUAUUUCAGUCUAACACAACUUUCAAACUGGAUAUUCCAAAAUCUGAUCAGGCAUUGUACCCUUGUGUUUUAUUUUAUUAUGCUUUGGAUGAAGUAGAAUUCAUACAACCAGAAGGAAUAAAUAAAUAAUGA